AUGUCCCGUCUUCGCGACCCAGCGAAAUAUGUAUCCAAAGCAAAACAUAGAUGGGCCGGUCACAUCAUGAGAAGAAUCGACGAUAGAAGGACUAAAAGAACGCUAGAGUGGAUUCCAAGAGAUGCUAAACGCCCUCGAGGGAGACCACCAACGAGAUGGGGUGCCGUCUUCGCUAAACGGAUGGACCAGCUGAGAGCUCAGCUGGGCACAGCUCAAGGACCUCGUCAACGUCACUCACGAAGCUUGAGAACAUCUUGGAUGACAAUGGCGAACGGGGAACGGAGGGAACGUAUCUAUUUUCUCGCACGUUUCCCUCAACCUGAUAGCAAGCCUUCUUGA